AAUUGGAAAUUACUGGAAACUGAUAAUAUACAAAUAUAAGAAGACAGAUUAAAAAGCAUCAAUAUCACUCUAAAUUACUGUUUACCUGUAAACAUGGAUAAUACAAUGUUAAAUAGAUUUUAUGAAGACAAUGUGAAAAUGACAAGAGACGAAACAAAACAGAAUGUCGAGUUUGUGAAGCCUCUAGUGCAAGACAUUUUGCAGUACGUUCACGACAGGGACAAACGGUUUCAAAUACAACCAUUAAAUGUCGGAAGUUACUAUUCCCGCCUUAAAGUGUCUCGAGCAGACGAAUUUGACUAUAGUGUAGUGUUAGAUGUCGGAUCAUCUCUUGGUUGGACUACCGGAACACCGGCUUAUUAUGGAUAUAAUAGUAACGGAAAUAAAGAAGUGGUUCGUACAUCGUUUCCACUGCCUGCAGCUCCAGUUGGAAAAUGUUUUAUACAGAUUACAGGAUUGGUAAAAACGUGGGAUAAUGAACGUUUGAAUGAAGGACCGGCUUGUUUAUCAAUUGAUGACCAUAUUAUACCUAUAAAAGUUAAAAGAAGGUUUAAAGCACUCGUCAGUGAAGCUGUGAAUAGACCAAGAAUACGUCAAUAUGUGGACGCACAACGAUUAUCAGAAUCACCUGCCGCAACAUUGACGAUUCGUCAUCACAAAAUUGCCGGAGAGACAAUAAGCGUAGAUCUUGCUCCUCUUAUCGAAGGACACGUUCCGUUCAAAACAGAGUUUGGUUGGCCUAGACCAGGAGCCAGAUGGCCGUCCAGUACAAAGAUUCAAGAGAUAAAAACCGAAGGCAUCCACGAAGUUGCUAAAGAUCCAUUUUAUUGGUCUUUAUCAUUUGUAACGUGCGAAAAAAAGUUGCUAGAGGGUAUUGACUCUAAUGGUACUUGCCGUAAAAAGAGUCAAAGGAUUAUAAAAAAACUUCGAGAAAUGUGGUGUCCGAAAGGAACAAAACAAGUAAUUACUUCGUACCAUCUUAAAAAUAUUCUAUUCUGGGAAUGUGAAAUUCGUCCAUUUGAUGCAGAAUGGACUAAUGAACAGCUUUCUGUAAGAAUUGAGUCCAUGUGUUACUUGCUCAUACAACAUAUCCAGCGUGGUAACCUGCCUCUGUAUUUCCAUACAGGGGUCAAUUUGCUGGAGAAUAAGGACAGAGACGCUCUUGACCAGGUUGUACAGAACAUUUUCAAGUUUUUGAACAAUCCCGAACAUUAUCUUAUUUAGAAUAUGAUGUAAAUCUUUUGGUAUCAUUUGUUUUGACAAACUUAAAAAAAUGCAACACUAGAUUAUUCUGUUCCCAUUUUCAAAUAGCAAAUUUAUGUAAAAUAAAUGUAUAAACAUAAAUUUAAUUAAUUUCUUAAUUGUCUGAAAUUAUAUAAUUGAAAUUAGCAAAAUAUGAUAUUUGUAUUGGCUGUUUUA